GAGAGAUAUCAUGCAGGUGUGGACAUAAAUACAUUGCAGAGACUUCACGCACUUGAGAGCAGAGUCAUCUGGCACCUGUGAUUAGAUGACUUUGGGAUUUUGGGGGUUUGUUUUUUGUCCACCCACUCAGUAAUUGUAACUGACCCUGUUUUAAAAUAGUUAGUGCUAUCUUUUAGUAACAAGAUGAUUUAUGCUGAAUGUGACCGCAGACAAGUACGGGACCGAGGCUGGCCUUUGGAUGUUCCUGUACUCGGAAGCAAGAACUGCUGAAGCCAGUCUGUUUCUAUUGUUAUUGCUGCUUGAAGGUCGGAUUGUGCACAUAUAUACAUGUAACAUCUGUUGAGGGUUUAGUAAAUUUGAAAAAAUAUAACAUCGCUGAAAUAUUUGGUUUUGAGUAACGUAUGUUGUGACGUACACGCUCAUCUUCUUACCUUACCGAACUAGCUCUAUCAGGCGGGGUGUGAACCGUCAUAGCGAGUCAUUCAGUUGCGACAGGAAAUUGAACCACGUUAUAGGUGUGGUAUUUCGCGAGUGUUGAGAAGGGGAAGUAGUGCUUUAUUGUGGGAGGGGUGGCUGCAAUGUCUCGCUGUAACGUAAACCCUAUACCGCUUGUCAUGAGGGUACUGAUACUCCUGGACGCCAGUCACAUACAGGGUACUGUCAGCCAUAUUUCAUCAGUUACAUUUGAAUCGUCCUGUGUUGCUCUCAAUUGGUCGGCAGCAGAGACAGACUGCAGCAAAAAGAACGCCACUAUAUUCACUUUACUGGAUUUAGCUGCACCCAUCGGCGGGAAAGUAUUACUGAACGCCACAGCUGAACAUACCAGAAUAUGGAUAGAGAUCAAUGGAACCACCUGCAAGACAUCUGUCAAUGACUCAUUCCUCCCGGCAAACUGUAGUGACACCAACUAUUAUGUCUGCAAAGGGAACACAAGUACCAGUCCUGAUUGGUACGUACCAUGUCGGGAGGGAUCCACGGACACAUCUACACAAGGUACAAGAUCUUCAGGAUCGACAGCACUGAAUUUGGCAACGACAACCCAAGGUUCAAACAGUAAAGUUACAGUCAUCGCUUCUGCGACCUGUGUUAUAGUGGCUCUCGUUGCUGUGUUCAUCCUCUCAGGCAUCUGCAUCAUUAAACGCAACAAGAAACCCAUCAAGUAUGCCGUGAGGGCUGAGAGCGCCAUGUAUCACAAACAACACCCGGAUCCUGCUCAAGUAGAAGAACCAAAACUGGCAGAUGUACAGAUGGUUGUUAGUUCGACAGAAGCCGGCAUUGGGAACGGUGGCAUUGACGGAAGACCGGACGGAGAAUAUGACAUUCUGUGUGGUGUAAUGGGCAGUGAGGGGAAAGCUGCCACGUCGGAUACCACGACCGUGUACAGUCAUCUACGUGGAAAUAUCGCAGCAGAUGAUUCUAAGGAAGAAAACCAUUAUGACACCGCAACGCUGCCACAAUAUGACAGGAGACCUGUAGACAAGAUAUAUGACAGACUACAUGUACCUGACCAGUAGAAUACUCAUAUUUAGUAACAAGGAUAUAUAAAAUACAUAUUACUGGUGUACUAGACAGUGCUUGUAAGCUGAAUUGAGAAUUGUGUUGAUAGGGACAAGAAUUGGUUCCCACUUUACAGCUAUCGUAAAGACUUCAGUAAACACUCCAUCUCCCCGGUUCAAGAUGUAUUAGAAAGCUUCAUAAGGCUGUACAGUCCGUUUGAGACAAAAUGAUACCGAUGAAUUGCAAUCUAACACUAAAACAAAUAGACAUAAAAGAAUCAAACCAACGCGGAGUGCAAUAAAAACAACAGACCAACUCUAGAAAAAAAAUAGAGAAUUUUUGUCACAAAAAUAUAUAAGUUGUCUCGCUUUUCGUGCGGUUCCUUUAGUUGCCACCGCGCCCUUGUAACCAACUGGGAAGACGCACAAAUAAAUGAUGACAGUGUUUUA